AUGACCGGCACUGCCGACAAGUAUCACCAAGUCGCGUCGCCAGCCAACUCGACCUCCGUUCCUGUGAGCACCGCCGAAUCCUUUGACAUGUCGGAUCCCGUGCCGCCCCGGUUGGCGUCGUUUGCCCAAUUGUUUCAUUUCGCCGACAGUACCGACUACGUACUCAUGGCUGUCGGGUCCAUCGCGGCAAUCGCGACAGGCCUAACCGAUUCGAUUCAAAUGGUCCUCCUUGGCAACGUGAUCAACGCGUUCAUCAAGCCGCAGGAGUCGACAUCCGAAGUGCCGUUUGACCGUGACGCGUUUCAGCGCGGCAUUAACCGCGUUUCCGUUCAAAUUGUCAUCCUUGCCGCGGUCGUCUUCGUGUGCGGGCUCCUUCAAAUUGCAUGCUGGUCCAUCACGUCUUCCCGCCAGGCCAAGAAGAUCCGCCAUGCCCUCGCGUCAGCGAUCUUGCGCCAAGACGUCGCGUGGUUUGACACAAUUGAUCCGAUGGAACUCGCCACGCGAGUCGCGCACACGACGCUGCUCGUACAAGAAGGCAUUGGUCGAAAAGUCGGCGAUGCGCUCAACUUCAUCUCGAUUGGAGUGAUGGGCUUCGGGCUGGCUUUCUACUACGGAUGGCAGCUCUCGCUCGUGCUCCUGGCCUUUGUUCCGCUCAUGACGAUCAGUUCGUAUUGCAUGACAAAGGCUGUGACAGCGGCUGUCCAGAGCGGCGCCAAAGGGUAUGCCCAUGCCGGCGGUAUCGCCCAGGAAUCACUGUCCAACGUCAAGAUCGUCCACGUGCUCAACACGCUUCACGCAGCCGUGGACAAGUACUCGGCAGCGCUCAACGACUCUCAAGCGGCGGGGAUUCGCAAAGGCCGUGCCGUUGGCAUCGGCAUCGGCAUCGAUUUCUUCAUCCUCUUUAGCACGUACGCCGCUGCAAUGUAUUACAGCGCGACGCUGCUCCCAGUCGUGUGCUCGCUCGAAUCAGUGCUACGACAGCGGCCGCAUCAUCACAGCAUUUUUCUGCGUCGCCAUCGGCGCAAGUGCCUUUGGACGCCUGGCCCCGACUCUCGAAGCCACUACAAUAGCUCGAUUGGCGGCGUUUGA